AGAUAAAAUGAGUGUGCUGCGGCUGAGCGGAGGGAAAUGUCGGUGAGAGAAGGAGGUUCAGGUAUCGCUGCGUGUCCGUGUGUGUAUUUAGAUGUGACAGCUAAGAACAGGGGCUUUAGUAGCGCUCUUUGGGGAUUGUAGGAGUGUGCGGUGACAUCCUGUAAGCGGCUCCGGGACUUUGGUGAGGGAGAUAAAGCGGGGUUACGGAGCGGUGACCGGAAUGACAGAGAGCUUGAUUCACUGACACCGGAGAGCAGAAACAGGGGAGAUUUGCAUAGCCAAAGCGCUGAGUGACCUCUCGGACCUGAGCUCUGGGCUGGGGACUCACACUGCACCUGGUGAGCAGUGGGAGAGCAGCAGAUGUCUGGCUACAUGGAGGCCCGAGCUCUUCACGCAGUGACGAUCUGAGUAUCGGGAGAGAGCGAGGAUGCUGGGGGAGGGGAGAGUAGUGGAGGAAUGGCUUUCAGAAUUCAAGACAUUACCCGAGUCUCAAUUCUCCAGCUAUGCGAGCUCUCUCUAUCGGAAGAAGAACCUGGUUCCGGCUCUCUACAAAGUCAUCCAGGACCCCAACAGCGAGCUUUUGGAACCAGUGUGCAAUCAGCUGUUUGAACUGUACCGGAACUCAGACGCCCGCCUGCGCCGCUUCACCCUGCAGUUCCUGCCCGAGCUGGUGUGGGUUUACCUGCGACUCACAGCCAGCAGAGAGCGCCAGAUCAACGGCUGCAUCGAGGCUCUGCUGCUGGGCAUCUACAACCUGGAGAUUGUAGAUAAAGAGGGAAACGGCAAGCUGCUGUCUUUCACCAUUCCUUCCCUCUCUAAACCAACGAUAUAUCAUGAGCCCUCCAGUCUGGGUUCCAUGGCUCUGACAGAGGGAGCUCUAAGUCAGCAUGAUCUAAUCAGAGUGGUUUACAGCGGCCUGCAUCCCCAGAGAGAGACCUUCACCGCACAAAACAGGUUUGAGGUGCUGUGUUUCCUCAUGCUGUGCUACAACUCGGCCGUGGUGUACAUGCCCUCCUCCUCAUACCAGGCCGUGUGCCGCAUGAGCUCGAGGUUGUGUGUGUGUGGGUUUCCACGGCAGCAGCAGAAGACGUGGCGUGAACCCUGUAACCGCGUGCUGCUGGACCCUGAGUUCAUGGUGCAGAUGCUCACUGCCGUCUAUCAUGCCAUUUAUAAUGGCGAGUGGGAUCUGGGCAGAGAGGCACUGGAUGAUAUCCUGUACAGAGCUCAGCUGGAACUCUAUUCUGAGCCUCUACUGUUGGGGAACGCGAUGAAGAACUCCUUGCCGGACAGCGCUCCGGAUGGCUCUCGAGGGAAGAAAGUACUGCAGGUGGAGGUGACUCCGACCGUCAGGAGGAUCUCUCGCUCCGCAGUUACUGCAGCCUCGAUUCGCAGGCUUCGCUGGAAGAGAGAAGAUUGUUUUGACUUCUCGACCGAGGCUGAGUUCAACCUCUCCAUCCGUUCCGGUCUACAUGCUUCACCGGAGCCGGCAGCCAAUCCUGUGCGAGGAGGGAGGGGCAUACUCACAGUCUCACUUGAGGAUGCUGAUGGCAUGAGCGGAGGUGAAGAGUCCAUCAACCUGAACGACCCCGACGAAGGGUUUUCCUCCGGCGCAUCCAACAGCAGCCAGCCGAGCACAGGCAGACCCGCGGGGAGCGGAGGUGGACGAGCCAGCACGCAAAAGAGCUCCAAGAAGAGCAGCUCAAGUCGCACACACCGGGAAAAAGAGAGGGAUAUCUCUGCCGAGAAGCAUAAAGAGCCGCAGCACUCACAGAGAGCUCAGUCUCCUCCACCCGCCAUCAUGCUGGACACCAUCGAACUGAUGCCCAUGGAGAAGACGCAGACCCUGAGCCGGACCUGCAGCAUGAACGCCGGCGUGAGCGGAGAGCCAGAGGAAGGAGGGACCGACGGAGGACUUUGCGCCGGUGGAGGACCUGGAGGAGCGCAUCGCCUUUCCAGCCUCAGUCUGAAAGAGGAACAUCUGGUGCGGCCUGACGGAGGGAAAGACCUGCUGUCUCCCGGAGCUCCUCUUACCAAGCAGUCUCGCUCGCCCAGCUUCAACAUGCAGAUCAUAUCGCAGGUGUAGCUCACAAACCUGCAUCACAGUCAUCUCUUCUGCUUCCUGUUUUUCUCCGUCCACGUUUUUUUUUUAAAUCAGUACCCUGAUCAUCAGGGUGGGUCUCUCUUUCUCUCUCUAUCUCUCUCUCUCUCUCUCUCUCUCUCUCUCUCUCUAUCUGUGGGUUUUCCACUCAUUUUAUGCAAAUCUGAUUUGGCCCAAAUGAAACGGCAGCAAAAUUUGGUUUAUUUCAAAUGGGUUAGAAACAUUGUAUAAAAAAAUAUAUAUGCAGAUUAUAUAAAAUUAACAAUGAUGGAAAUUUGUGAACCAUUUUGUCAAAUAUUUGGACAGAAACAUAGCUUUCUUCUCUGUCUCUAUCUCUCUCUCUUUCUAUUUUCCUCAGACCAAAACAAGCAUUCCACUUUUAACUGACCAAGACAUUGUGAUGUUUUGGUUUCGGCUGUACCGCCUGAUCUACGCUGGUCACGUCUCAGACGCAUCUCUAACGUAGAGUUGUGGUGAACACACUGCCUCAUGAACGCUCAAGAGAAACAAUACAGGAGAGCGAAGUCAUUUUGAAAAAGAAGCUAAACAUUAAACCCCAAUGUUUUCGGGGUAAAUACAGGCCAGUCCCCAAUAUUAAAGCUAUUACCUGUGUUUCAAGUUCAGCAUUGAGUGUUUGAACCACUUUUGAGGCAGUCGAGAUGCAGGGCGAGUUAUUCUGGCUCUAACCAGUAGAGAUCAGGCAGAUUAUAAUUAUUUAUUGUUCUGGGACUUCAGAGAUUAGUCUAUAUUUUUAAAAAAAAAAGUAAGCAAUAAAUCUUAGGUUGUUCAUCUGACACAAAGCAAUCACUGCAGUGUCUCAGUAUGCAUUCCUGCUGAACUCCUGGGUCCUGUGCAAUUUCGAUCAAGGUCUUAUUAUUAUUAUUAUUAAAAAUAAAACUUAAUAUUUUGUUCUUUAAAUCUCUACGUUCCGUCUCAAAGACGGAUUUAUAAUUUGUAAACGUUUUCAAUUUCGAACAAAGUCAUAUUUCGUCUUUACCAUUUUUUUUCUGCGACCUUGCCUUGAUUUUGCUUUAAAAAAAUCAGCAGUCUAUUACUAUAGAGUUUGAACUGUAUGAUUUGAGGGUGUUUUUUUUGUUUUUGUUUGUUUGUUUGUUUUUUAAUCAGCCUGUUUAAUUCGAACGACAGUGUAUUUCGUUGACUUCUAGUCGUUUUAGAGCUGUCUACCAGAGGCCAAGAUGUUUAAGAAUGUCGUGGGUUUGUAUCUGAUGAUCUGAACCCAAGCAAGAGAAUUGUACAAAUGUGUGGAGGAAAGAAAAUGCUGCUGAGUUGAACGAUAUUUCACGUGUAUGCUGAGAGAGCCCUGGUGCUUUCUGGACCGGCGCUGAGUGGGCGAACAUUUCUCACGACUUUCCUCUUCAACAGAUUUGUGAAGAAGCGUGAUUCUGAUGUGCUGGUGUCAAACACACAUGGUUAAAGCUGUAAUAUCCUGUAUUAUCCUCAGAAGUCCUUUUGUGUGUGUGUGUGUGUGUGUGUGUGUGUGGGUCUUGUGUUCGUGUCAGGCAAUCAAACAGGGAUCCUCGAUUCAUUAGUUCUACCUCGUCUUCUUUCCAUCAGCCGUUCAAACACUGGACCCUCGCGCUGUCUGGCUGCGUGCUGAAAAAUCCCUGAAAAUGAUUGAUUGAUGGAAGAUUUGUGGCUGAAUGUUUAGUCAUGGUUCUUCUGUCCAACAUCGUUUCCGUCAAGGAUCUUUGUAAUUCCUUCCUAUUCGUGUGAUCUCUCUUGAUGGUGCAUUAACCCAGAAACUCCAUCUAGUGGUCGAACCUGGUGACAUUUUAUUCUUGCAGGAUAAUCAUAAGCAUGUAGGUGUCAGUCAGUCCUCUGUAUGUGUGGGUGGGUGUGUAUGUAUGUGUGUAGGUGGAUGUGUGUGUGUUUUACCCUGUUAGCCCAUCUGCAUACACGUCAUGCUUUCGCUGUCUGAUUUUACAUUCAUUCACCGAGCAGGAUUUCAGUUCAGUAAUGGCCGUCACUGCACAUUUGGUUAAUGUGAAUGUUGGCUUUCAUCCAUCGUGCUCUUUAGUGUACACUGAGCCGGUGAGUAGACGUGUGCAUCGGGACUGGAAACUCCAAGAUCCAAUUAAAUUUAGUCUAAAAACAAGAGAUGCAAGUUGAAGUUGCAAGAAAUGAUGGAAUUAGUGAAAAUGUCUAUACUAGGCAAAAGCAGGAGAUUGGGAACAGAUUGGGUUGAUGAAACAUUCUGGGGUCUCUCCAUGAGAGUGGGCAGAAUUAAUCAAACUUUCUUCAUGGGUGAAUAGGAAUGGUCAAGCUUGGCAUUCUGUGAGUGCAGGAGGGAUUACUGUGGGACAUGACAGGAUUGGUCAGACUUUUCACAGGAAUGUUUUCAGUGGGGGAAGGUGGGAUUGAUCAAACUUGUUGGGAGCAGAUGAGAUGAAUCAGGCUCUCUGCAGAUUUCAGGAGCAGGCAGGGUUGGCCAAACUUUCCGCAGGCACAGGCAGGAUUCGUCAGGAUUUCUUCAAGAGUAGGUGGAAUUGGUCAGAAUUUCUGCAAGAGAAGGCAGGAUUGGUCAGAAUUUCUUCAGGAGCAGGUGGGAUUAGUCGGACUUUCUUCGAGAGCAGGCGGGAUUGGCCAAACCUUUUGCAGGCAUAGGCAGGAUUGUGCAGAAUGUAUUCAGGGGCAAGCGUGAUUGGUCAGACUUUCUGCAGGAGCAGGCAGGAUUGGUCAGAUUUGGUCAGACUUUCUUCGGGAGCAGGCAGAAUUGGCAAAACAUUUUGCAGGCACAAGUGGGAUUGGUCAGACUUUCUUUAGGAGGAGAUAGGAUUGGCCAAACGUUUUGCAUGCACAGGGGGGAUUGGUCUGACUUUCUUCAGGAGCAGAUGGAAUUGGCCAAAGGUUUUGCAGGCGCAGGUCAAACUUUUUGUGGAAACAGGAAGAUUAGUCAAAGGUUCUGUGGGAGCAUGCCGAUUAAUCAGACUUUCUCGGGAGCCAGUGGGAUUAGUCAAAUGUUCUGAGGAAUUGCUCAGAAUUCCUUUGGGAGUGUGAUUUUAAAACCAGCCCCUCUGCACACUUCUACCACCGAGUCCUCAUUAUUGUAACUCACGUCUUAUCUGAUGUGCCAACAGCCUCCUGAGAGCGACUGUUUCAAUUUGUGUGGUUUUGUUUUGUUUUGUUUUUUUUGGUUCAAUAGCAGUCUUAAUCAGUUGAAUGUAAAUUAGAGAAGGUGUGUUGUAUUUGGAUAAAAGUAUCACAGUGUCUUCUACAUCUGUAAUGUCGCCCAUGCUGAGAAUGAUAUUUUUUUUUUUCUGUGAAGCUGUUGAGUGUACAUACCUUACUGUGGUAUGUAUGUGGUGCACAUCUACAGAUGUCCGAUAUUCCUGUAGGUUUGGUUUCUCUUUUGUGAGUCAGAGGAAAGCACAACCUGUUGCAUCAGUCUGCUGUAACCUUUAGAUUUAUGGUUAGAGUUAAGGUAGAGUGGUUAGUGUGUGUGUGUGUGUGUGUUUCGGGCAGAGUUUCUGGACAAACCGUGGAGAUGAUAUCUUACUCUACAGUCCUGAAUUAAUUAACUCUACGGUGAAAGUGUGUUAGGAUGAGAUUCGCUGUAACGUCUUCACCUCCUGUCUGUGACGUGGAGGACCUGCUGGUCUGUGCAUUUGCUGUACAGUUUGUUCUUCACCUCCCUGUACUGUACAUUUGUCUCUGCGCUUACCCAUUUCUCCUCAUGAAGGCUUCCUUCUAGUUGGAACACUAGAACACAAUUUGAGACCACUUUGAGAAACCUUGCUCGUCCCUGAGAGCCGUACCCUCACGAACACCUCCUUUCUAGCUAUUAUUUUUCUUUCUCUUGAAAGGUUAAGGUGUGUGACCUUAAGGAGCACUACUGUACCUUUUUAGAUGCACACUCCUCAAGCUGUAGAUGAAGAUAUACUGUGCAUAUGAAAGGUGCAAAGAUGUGCUUCUACAGUCUAGUACUUGUGUGGACACUAGCGGUCAGCUUUUUUUUUUUUUUCUCUUCUCAAAUGUUUAGCCAUAAACGAAAUGUACACGUUGUACCUUUACCCCCCCAUAUGUACUCCAUCAGCCUGGGCUUGGCGUUUGUACAUACUUGACUUAAAAGACUUUGGAGGAAGCGGUAGCUCCAUGGUCAAGGCUUUGGGCUGCUGAAUGAAUGAACGAAGGAUGUGAGUAAUGAACAAGCUCUCACAGUUGCAUCCUUGAGAUGCAAGACUUUUAACAAUUAAAAGCUCAGAUGGAUCCUGUCUCAACUGUAAGUCAGCUAAUGAGCAAAGAUCUGGUUCUGUAGUAACGUUAUACAUACACUCAACUUCACGGAGGGAAAUAUACAAAUGAGUUAGGUCUUAAAUUCGCUUGUAACCUACAGUGAAACGUUAGGCCAAACCCCCUCCACCCUAUCUGUGCCUGAUGUUCGGAGCGAUUUUAAACUUUCCUGAGGGGGUAGUAAAGGAGAUUUCGGCUUCAAUUUGUCCAUUUUUAGUUACAGUUAACGUAUAUAAUCAUUUAUGUUUUUGUUUUAUUUUUUUGCACAAUGCUUUCUUCAGUCUCAGUAAUUCCAACUGGGACAUUGUGUAAAUUUUCAUUUUUGGUGAAGCACUUCAUUGGUUAUUCCGUGGACAUGUACCAUCAGUGUCCCUUCUCCUGUUUUGACUCAGACCAAAGAGAGGUGUGUUUAAUCCGCCCUCUCUGUCUCUUGAUGAUUGGAUUGCAUGUGAUGAGUGUAAGCCUUCAUUUCAUACAAUGCACUUUAUCCAGUCUUUGCUGUUGUCGGUGGCUGACAAUAAAUGUAUAUUUGUGUGGGUGUGUUUGGGUGUGUGUGUGUGUGGAUAUGUUUGUGAGAAAACGUGUGCAUGUGGAACAGACCAGAAGUGAAUGCCAACUCCUACUACAGACUACUCAGCUACUAUUACAGAGGAACGUACGCCGUUCCUCACAAUCCAAAUACUCUGUACAGGAAAAGAUCUCUGUUCGGUGUUCUUCAGGUGUUCUUCCUUCUUCUCUAUACCCAACAGUGGGUCAUUUCCACUGUUUUUAUUUUUUAUUUCAGAUGGAUUCUAUGCAAUUUGAGGGUUGUUGUUUUUUUGUUUUUGGAUCAAAUCUCUGGGUAGCUGGUAGGUUUGAGCUGGAAUGCAUGUGUGAGUUCCUCCUCAGGUGUUUUAGUGAGGAACUGCAUCAGAGUUGCUGCUGUUAUAAGCGAAUGAGCUCCUGGUUUAGAUCAGGUAUAGGGUAAGAGGUAAUACGUGUGUGUGCGCGAGAAUGUGUGUGCAUGUGUGUGUGUUUGUGGGGAAAAAUAAAUCUAUGAAUAAAAGUUACUAAGUCAGUUGGACCUUGUUGAGCUUGCAGGUUUCUUUAACGUGAGCCGUGCACGUGAUCUUCAGGAGCCCUGAAACCGAGGCACGGUGUUCAGAUUUGUCUUAAGGAAUGAGUGAUUACGCUGUACUAAAGGAUUUCAACCGAAAGAUGUAAAGGAGAGCUGUAACAAAGCAAUUUCCGAAGUGAAAUACUGUACCAUUGAUGUAAAUGGAAAGAUUAUUUUAAAUCCCUGUAAAUAAAACUGUACAAAAAAAAAAGAUUGAAAGUGAGAAGAUGUUAAUAUCAGUCUGCGAUGCAGGAAAAUAUGGAUCUGUAUAUUGGUGAAUAAAUCUUGUGCUGUAACAGA